AUGUAUCUUCACUCCGGCCUGGCCUGGGAGUCAUAUGAAGUCUGGACAGAUGGUAGUGUCACUGAUGAGGGUACAGGAGGAAGUGGCUAUCUUGUCAUCAAAGUCACUGAUGGCCAACGCUCUGAAGUUUGCAGUGGAAGCGAUCCUGCAGGCGUGGUAGCAACUUCCUUCACCGCCGAGGUAACUGCAGCAGUGGCCGGUCUCUCUGCGGCAGGAGAUCUACUUACGGCUGGCCUCACCAACACAGAUGAUCAACCCUCGCUGCCAGACCUCAUCCUCGUUACGGACAGUCGUUCGUUGACUGAUUCUGUUGCCGGCGAUCCGUACCGUAUGAGCCCAGAUACGAUUCCUGUGUUUGAGGCUAUCAAGAGCAUUAGCCAGCUUGUUACCAGCAUCCACCUUGUCUGGGUUAGCAGUCACUGUGGCUUAUUCCUCAAUGACAAAGUAGAUCGCCUGGCUGCGGCUGGUACCCAGGUUCCCCAGGGUCACGUCCGUCUUCCAGUGCAAGCCACCAAGACUGCAGUCCGCAAGGCAACACGGUACCCGCCACCACUGCUCGACACCAAGAAGCUCGGUGACCUUCGGACACGGAAAGCGUCCUGCAAGCUGAACCAGCUGAUGACCGGCCACUGUAGUCUUCUGAAUGGCUACCUCCACCGCAUUGGAGCUGCAGACUCGCCUCACUGUGUCUUCUGCCCUGGCGUCGUCGAGGAUGCAAUGCACUUCCUUUUCGACUGCCCAGGAAGAGCACAAAGCCGCCACUCUGCAGCUCUUCAGUCGUCUUCAUCCGUCAGUCAAGCUGUAGCCGACUCUCCCUACAAUAUUGCACGAUUCUUGCAGUUGGAGAAACUGCUAUGA